UCGAUAGUUUCGAACAAACAUCGUUUUGUGUUCCAGCUCUAUACAUAAAGUCAAAAAAACGUAGAUUUAACAGCGCAUUGCAACUGCUCGAAGCCCUCCUUUUGCAACAAGAACAACACCAACAACCAUAACAUGGAGAACGUCGAAGAGGCCCCACCACUCUCCUCGGAGAGCAACAGCAAUAGCAACAACAGCAGCGCCAGCAGCAGCUCUCACCAGCUCUCUCAAUCGGGAGCCAUGGGAGCUGAGGCAGAGGCCGAGGCCGCCCCCUCCUCUUCUUCGUCUCAGUCUCUCUCUCGUUCGCACUCUCACUCGCCCACGCCUACACCCGCCCCCUCUGAACCUCAUAACCCCAUUUCCCAUGAUCACCCAAAUCCCCCAUUGAAUCCAUCCGAAAUGGAGGCUCGCGAGAAUUCACCGCAUGAUCACUCACCCACUCCUACUUUCCACCAGACUGCACCGCCACCCACGACUCCAUCGACGGCACCGCAGCGCGAAGAGCGGGAUCAGGAGGAGCAGGAUCAGCAGCCACAUCCGGCCUUGCAGGACCAGGAUCAGCGAGAGAAUCCGGAACAGCAUCCGCAGCAAGAUCAGCAAUAUCAGGAUCAGGAUCAGGAGUUGCAGGAACAGCAGCCACCACCAGUGCAGGAUCCGCAGCCUGAAGCAAACCAGGAGUUGCUUCACAUAGAGGGUUUAAUCCGGCAUCAAGACUCGCUGCAUCGGGAGGGAAAUCCCCCACAAGCACCACUGGAAGACCAACCUCUACAAUUACCAGGACAAGAACCCAACCAAGAGCCGAAUGAGGCUGAAGUUAGAGAGGAGGAAAACCAGCCAGAAGCCGAGCCACCGCCACCGCUGCUCCUCGAAGAUUUGGAGGACCAGGAUUCCGAAUCCCAGCCAGAUCUCAGCGAACAGCAGCAGCAGGAUCAGGAGCAGGUGCAUCAUCAGCCGGCGGCAGUGAUUAUAGACGCCAACGCCAUAGCCGAAACCAUAGACGCCAACGCCGUGGAGCGCAUCGACGACUACGAAGACGACGACGAGGAGGUGGAUGAAGAGGAGGAGGUGGUAGACGACCGGGUCGAUAGAGCCGGGGAGGUCGCUUCCGUUUCCGGUGCCCAGCGGCUGCACUCGGUGGCCGUUUUGCCCCGCUACUCCGCCGCUUCACGUGCUUCGCGAAGCAACAAUAAUAAUAAUAACAACAAUAGCAACCAUAAUAAUAAUAAUAACAACAAUAGCAGCGGUUCAUCGCGUCGCACUCGCCAUUUUUACAGCAACAACGGCAGUCACUUCAGCAACGACAUGUUCCCCAGUCACGCCCCCCGCAGCAGCACCCAGACUUCGUCUCCGAGGGUCGGAGGUCGUCGCCAGCACUCGACCCCGGCAGCCAGCUCCAAUUCGCCACAGCACCAGGGAGUGGAUCCUCUGCGGCUGCUAUAUCCCAAUGUCAACGAAAGCGAGACUCCACUGCCACGCUGCUGGAGUCCCCACGACAAGUGCUUGUCCAUCGGACUGUCCCAGAACAACCUAAGGGUCACCUACAAGGGAGUUGGCAAGCAGCACAGUGAUGCCGCCUCCGUGCGCACUGCCUAUCCGAUCCCGUCCUCCUGCGGACUCUACUACUUCGAGGUGCGGAUAAUCUCCAAGGGACGCAACGGAUAUAUGGGCAUCGGCCUGACCGCCCAGCAGUUCCGGAUGAACCGCCUGCCAGUAGGUUGGGACAAGCAGUCAUACGGCUACCACGGUGACGAUGGCAACUCGUUCAGCUCCUCCGGGAAUGGCCAGACCUAUGGGCCCACCUUCACCACCGGCGAUGUGAUUGGAUGCUGCGUUAACUUUGUGAACAACACGUGCUUCUACACCAAGAACGGAGUGGAUUUGGGGAUCGCAUUUAGGGAUUUGCCAACCAAGUUAUACCCGACUGUGGGCCUACAGACUCCUGGUGAGGAAGUGGAUGCCAACUUUGGUCAGGAACCAUUCAAGUUCGACAAAAUUGUCGACAUGAUGAAGGAGAUGCGCUCGAAUGUGCUGCGCAAGAUCGACAGAUAUCCACAUCUGCUGGAGACCCCAGAGAACCUGAUGAAUCGCCUGGUUUCCACCUAUUUAGUGCAUAAUGCCUUCAGCAAGACCGCCGAGGCCUUCAAUGGCUAUACAAAUCAGUCCUUCGACGAGGACUUGGCAUCCAUCAAGAUACGUCAAAAGAUCAUCAAACUCAUAUUGACCGGAAAGAUGAGUCAGGCCAUCGAGCACACACUACGCUCUUUUCCCGGACUUUUGGAGAAAAAUAAAAACCUCUGGUUCGCCUUGAAGUGCCGCCAGUUUAUCGAAAUGAUCAAUGGAGCUGACAUUGAGAAUGUCAACAACAAAGUCACCGCCACCACCCAGACCAUGCCCACGAACCAGACGUCCGUGAUCCAGUCCACUAAGGCGUUCAAGCACAGCAAGAGCGGCAAUGGAAACGGCAACGUAAACCUUAAUCAGACUCAACAACAACAGAACAACACUGCGAUUUCAGCUGUGAUAAAGCCACAGGGCGGCGACAAGCCAGUUAUCAAGAACAUGUUGGUUGAUGACAACUCCAACAAGUGCGCGGACCAUGACAGCAACAGCAUGGACGUGGAAAUGGAGCCCUGCCAGAGCCACUCGAACGGCGGCGACUCCUGCUCCAACUCCAAUGGCAAUGCCAGCGCAGUGCGCAACUCUCUAGAUGCCAUCGACGAGGAAAUGGAUGUAGACGUUUCCCCCUCAUCGCGCAGCUGUGGCCGUGUCAUCGAGAAGAUCCUGGAGUUCGGCAAGGAGCUGUCCAGCAUGGGCCAGCAGUUGGAGGAGGAGAACCGCAUGACUGAAGAGGAGCGUCAAAUGUUAGAGGAUGCAUUUAGCUUGAUUGCCUACUCAAAUCCCUGGUCCAGUCCGCUGGGCUGGCUGUUGUGUCCCUCGCGGCGUGAGAACGUCUCCACCACGCUCAAUUCAGCCAUAUUGGAGUCACUCAACUGCGAGCGCCGUCCGCCGCUGGAGUAUCUGGUGGCCCACGCCGCUGAGCUGAUCAAGGUGAUUGGCCAGCACUCGCUGGGCGAGGACGCUUUCAUUACCAUCGACGACGUGUUCCCGCAAAAUUGACCCAGUUCGCCGACGCUGCUGA